AUGGUGAGAUCUAUGAAGUUUCGUGGGGGCCGAGUCAGACAAGGUAGAGUAGAGAUAUGUCACAGUCCAAUACCAGAAGCACCCUUGCCUCCUCAAACCAGGUUGCGGGACGAGCUGGAGUCAAAUGAUGAAACUCAAGAUAUAGGAGCUGCUGCCGCACAAGAGGCUAUGGGUGGAGAUGUCGUUGGAGAGGGGCAAACUACUACAGAUCCACCUAGGAAGAAAAGAGGUCGAGGGCCUGCGAAGGGCACACUAUUUGAAAGAAUGAGGAAAGUGGGCAAGAUACCUCUGGUAAUUCAAGAUGGUCAUCGAGGGCCAUCUUGCGAGAAUGCAUCUAUAUUCACUGGCCGGCUAACAGACAUCAUUAAAAUACAUGCUGACAUGAGGCAUGCUAGUUGGAGUUAUGUACCCGAAGCUGAAAAGCAAGAGCUGAUUGAUCGUGUGAGGGCACAUUUUCUACUGGAUUGGACAAGAGACAACCACCGGGAAAUGGUUGUGCAACAUUUGGCCGACAAGUAUAAUGCAUUUCAUUAUGCAUUACACAAAGUGUAUAAUAAAUAUGCCUCACAUGAAGAGGCACUACGUGGUGGGACAGACAAGGUGGACAAACAAGUAUGGGAAAAAUUGUGUGAAAGGUGGGCAAGUGCCACAUUCAAGGAGAAGUCGAAAAGAAAUAUUUCAAAUAGGCAAAAGCUGAAGGUUGCGCACACCGGUGGUCGCAAAUCGUUUAUUCGAAUUUUAGAGGAGAAGGUUUGUGAUACAAGUACAUAA